AUGGAGCCCGUAAUAUGUUCUAAGAUCCCAGCCCUUACAACCAUUCGAAAUGGUAUAUUGACAGUCAAUUACGAUGUCCUUAAUCGAUAUUACAAAAAUGUAAAUAUGGACUUUUGCAAUUAUCAGGUUAUAAUAAGAAAUUAUAACAAGAGUAAUCGAGAUGACGAGACCGAAUUGGCCGCGGACAAAAUUAUUUUUAAAAAUAAUACUCUUGUAAAGGAUGAUUUUGUGUUAGUUAAGUGUUACAAUAAUAGUGGGAGAGACGUCUUCUACAGCAACACACAUGCUAACGGAGCUAUAGACGCGGAAUCUUAUCGCAAAUAUGGACCCCAACUGCUGACAAGUAUUGAUCCUAAGAACUACAGCAUAUUUUCCCCCUUUUUUGCUAGCAACAAAAGUAACCAAGUUAAGAUUAAUAUGAGCCCAAAUGUCAUUAAUGACACAGUUAGAUUUUUUAAUUAUUCGCCUAAUGAUAAUCAAAUAUUAAGCCUUCUCAUGAUUGGUAUAGAUUCAACUUCGAGAUUAAAUUUUCUUCGUGGAUUAUCCAAUACUCGUCGGUACUUGUUGUCUCAAAGAACUGAGAGCUUCACGUUCAAGGGUUAUAUUAAAGUGGGAGACAACACUUAUCCCAAUAUGUUGGCAUUGUUGACUGGUAAAUCAUUGGAGGAAUAUCCCGAAGACUUUGGUGAAGAGGAAUACUUCGAUAACUGCAGCUUUGUGUGGAAGGCCUUUAAAAAGAGUAAAAUUGACUAUUCAACCGCUUAUAUAGAAGAUAGUCCCAAUAUGGCCACCUUCAAUUACUUCAAAAAAGGAUUUUACAAUCCUCCUACCGAUUUUUAUUAUCGUCCCUUUUCAUUAGAAUCAGACAAAUUGUCUGAAAAAGAGGAAAAUUGCAUACGGGAUAAACAUGAAGUACUAGCCUUGCUGGAAUAUUCCAGGGAUUUGAUGAUCUCUUUUAAGGCUUGGCCUUACUUUUGCCUCACUUACACUAACAGACUGACCCACGAUGAAUUGAAUGGCAUUAAAUUUGUUGAUGAAAUGUUGGUUAACUACUUUACAGAUUUAUUCAAGGCUAACGCCCUUGAAAACACACUCAUCGUCAUCUUCGGAGAUCAUGGCUUGAGAUUCGGGGAAUUCCGUGAAACCUAUAUAGGUAUGAUGGAAGAACGCUUGCCGUUACUUUUUGUGUUGCCUCCAGCUUGGUUCUUGUCUAAAUACCCUUCAAUUCAUUCAAACAUGAAUAUUAAUACUGAACGUAUUUUGACACCUUUUGACGUUCACAAAACACUUUUACAUCUGAUUAAACUAAACGAACAUGGGACAUAUAUUGAUUCAAAUAUGAGUGAAGAUAUUCGUGGUUUUAGUUUUUUCGAAGAAAUCCCAUUUAACAGAAGCUGUGAAUCGGCAGAAAUCCCGUUUCAUUAUUGCCCUUGUAAUUUGAUUGGAGGUGGGUUAGCCGAUUCAAAAAGUAAGAAAUUUGAAAUUGGGGCUCAGCUCAUAGUAGCCAAAGUCAACGACUUAUUAAAACCAUUUCAUGACAAGUGUGUGACCUUGAAAUUAAACCAUAUAGCGGUUGUUAGGAUAUUCAGUAUAAACGGCCAAGAUUAUAACCCUAAUUAUACUAUCGAUUUCCAUAAUAAUAGCUAUAAUUCUAUUCGAUCUUCAAAUUUUCGAUUGUUAUUAACUGUAGAAGUUGAGCCAAGUGAGGCUUUGUUUGAAGCCUCUCUAAAGUUUAAUUCUAUAACGCAGUCGUAUGAUAAGAUCGUAGGAGACGUUUCACGGAUAAACAAGUAUGGUAAUCAAUCAUCAUGCAUAAUUGAUCAGGCUAUGAAAAAAUUUUGUUAUUGUAAAUCCAAUUUAACCAAUGACACCGUGCUCUAG